GUCCCGCGACGAGCGAGCGAGGACCUCGGAGCUCGGAGCCCCGAGGCGGUUCACGCGGGCGCCCCAUCGAGGGCGAGCUCGCCGGUCCGCACCCGCGGGAGUCGCCGCCCCUCGUGCGCGUGCCGCCCCGCAGCCCCUGGCCGGGACGCGCGCGCCGCCGGUUUAACGGUCCUGUCCCCCGGACCCCGCCCCGCCCGCCCAGGCCGGCGCCCGCGCCCCGCCCCCAGCCCGCUGCCGCGGUGACCCAGGCCGCGAGGCGACGCGCGGCGGGAGCCGUUCCCCGACGGCAGCCGGGCGCUCGGCCGCCGUGUCUGGGCUGAGCGCCGCGACGCCGCGCCGGAAACCCUCCUGGGUCUUGAGGCGUAUGGAACCUCAAGGUCUUUAUGACAAUGGAAACAAAAAAAUUGAUUGGCAAACCGCUUCAACCAGCAAGACCUGUUCGUCAUCUCUCUUCUCCUCCAGGACCAGUGUUCCCUUUCAACUUUCAGAAUGAAUAUCCAUGCAGCACUCAAUGCUUACAAAGUGGAGUUGGCAGACAGUGUAAGACGAAUGGAGUGCAAGCCUUUUCUCAGGGUCUCACUGAGCAACAGCAGCACCAGUCUCCAGGUAAAAAAGAGAGAAUUAAAUACAGCAGAGAUUUCUUGUUGAAGCUUUCAAGUGUUUCCAUCUGCAGAAAAAAACCAGACUUUCUGCCUGAUCAUCCCAUUGUACUUCAAAAACCAGAAAACAACCAAAGUUUUAAGUAGCAUUUUAAGAACAGAUGAAUUUGAAGAUAAAGAAUUAUUCAUUUUAUAUUUUGGACACCUGCAAAUGAAGUGGACCUAGUAAUAAUAACUAAUGGACUGUGACGAUUCAAUUUAUUUUUACUUUUGAUGGUUGGCUAUUUGGCUUCUCAUAAAAGGAGAAAGAGAUAUUUUAAAGUAUAAAGAAUUUUUCUAAUCAGUUUCAGCUUUGCAGGCAGUUCCUGCAAAAAUUGGGAAGUAACACUCGAAAGUGGGGAUGUUGUUGGCGAAGUGGGAAGACUGUAUUAUAAUUUGCAUGCUACUUGCAAUUCUUGUUUUUCACCACUUGUAAUAAUGGAAUGGAAAUGUAAGCUGUAAAGAUUCUCAAAUAUAAAGUAUUUGCUACAAUGUA